UUCCGGUUCUUCGAAUAGGUAAUUCACGAGCGACCUUGGUCUUCAUUGUUCUCAUGGUGAACAGCAAUGAUCGCUCCGCAGGGAGCUACGGACGCCACUGGAGCAUGGUUGUGUUACUUACAAGCGGAUGGUCCGUAAGCUUGCCCUCUGGGGUAUGUUCUUGGGCACCGGCAUCGUCGCAGCCCCGGAACGUUUCGCCAUCGCGCUUGUUGUCGUCAUCUUCGUCGCGAUCAUCCAUUGGUCCGUCGACAACGUUGCACCUUCGUUGGAACGAAUCGCCCCAACGAACAGUUUGGGAAAUGCAAACAGCCUUGACGACCUUUACGAAAGGCAACGUGACAAUCGAAUUGCACGCGCAGCUGCAUUUUGGCGACCUUUCCUACUACGACUACUACAAUUCUCGUACUUUCAAUACACGCUUUGACGCCGUCUUGUACGAAUUGCUGCUGGAUGAAGGCUUCCUGGAGAAACCGCAACCAGCGCAGGCCGAUCCGCGUCUCCACGCGGGCUCGAAAAAGAGCGUGGGUACUUCCAGUAGUGUCAGGCCUACCCGUGACGGGCUGUCGCCAUUGCAAGCGUCUCCACACGAUCGUGCGACUGCAGCAGCCUACGGCUGGUGUUGUCAAGUGGACCACAUUCAGUACGCACAGCCUCACUGGAUGCAUGCGGAUUGGACGCGUCAGGAAUUUCUCGCUCGGCUGCAAUCGGCCGGUUUUCCUCAUGUUCGUAGCAGUACCAGCUCUCCGACGUGGGAGGCACCGCUGUGGCAAUUGACGAAAUGGGGACGUAUUCGCUUGCCGGAUACCGCUACAGAAGCCGUAGCGGCACUCUUGGUUGGACCCCCGCUUCUGUUUACGCAGCCCGAUGCGUUGUCCCUUACUUCUCGGCGACGUCUGUUUCGCACGUUAACUCUGCCAGAGUCGUCCUUAAAUUGGGCAUCCAGUAUUGCUUAUAUGUUUCGUGCAGUAUUGUGGUUAACCGUACCCUGUCCGGAACUAUCGGUACUACUUGUGGACUGGUCCACGUUGUUGACGACGACAAGCAAGGAUAGUUCGACGCUUAGAGGCGCCCGUAUCUCGCCACUUACGUUACCGCUGCUCGAAAGCUUACUCCAGGGUCGGUGGAACACCAUACGCCAGCUCGUGUUUGGCCAGGUCAUGACGAGUCGGCACAGCAUUGGCGGUUUAGAUGAUGGCGACGACUUCCUCAUUUUCCAACGCAACGAACGGGCAAUUCAAAUUUUGGAAGAGACGCUAGCCGGUUGUGAUGAGGAGGACACUGCAACAAGGAUAGCCCUUUUGUACGGCUGUAGUCAUUGUCCUGACCUGAGCAAAAAAUUGACGCAAUUGGGUUUCGUUCCCACCCAAACGACCUGGAGGACCGCCUGGAAAAUCGAUGUUGGCAGCAACAGCAAAAACGUGUCAGGUGAAUAUAACAAAGAUAGAAUCAUUUCCCCCGAGAUUCGUAUCGCUAUGGGUCUUUUAUUACCGAUGUAUCUCGUUGUUGGAGGUCUGGAUUGGAUGGCUACGUGGCAUGAACUUGUGGACGCGCUCGCCGGCACGAGUAGCGGUGGUAUGGCGACGGUUCCUACAGUCUUGUUGCAGAGCAUUGGUGUCGUCUCCUUGUACCUAAUUCGGCACGUAUUUGAAUACGUGAUGCUCUCCAAGUUUUUGUUGGACUGGAAUGAGCCACCUUCGGCGUCGCAGUCGAAUUUUGGCAGCUAG